AUGUACCACAUGCACGACGUGCUGCAUAAUCCGGACGUCUUGGCACACGCGCGGCGCGAGCUGGAGAUCGGCCGGCAGGCGCCGGAAAGCAUCGUCGGCGCGACGGGUAUGCGUGCGCGGCAAAUUGUGCAGCUGGCUGGUGACGACCCAGCGGGCCUCGUCGAGGCAGCGCGCCGCUUGGAGCCGUGGGCCGACGGUGUCGAUCUCAAUUUGGGCUGCCCCCAGACGCGCGCGCAGCGAGGGCACUACGGCGGCUACCUGCUCAGUCGCAAGGACUGGGACCAGGUCGAGGCGUGCGUGCGCGCCCUGGUACAAGGAGUGCGUGUGCCAGUCUCAGCCAAGCUCCGGCUCUGCGACUAUGCGCCUGAUACGUGUGCGCUCGCCGUGCGCCUCGCGCAGGCUGGCGCGCAGGUGAUUACGCUGCAUGCACGUCACGUCGCGCCGAACCGGCGGCGUGCCGGCGCCGCUAGGCUAGGGUACGUGCGCGACUUGGUCGAUGCGCUCGAGGCGCACGAGCUGCAUGCGUCACAGCCAGGCGGGCGAACAGCCGUGCUCUCGAACGGCAACGUGCGGACUGCCGACGACAUCGCCGCGAACCUCGCGUACACACGCGCGGACGGCAUCAUGGUCGGUGAGCCGCUGCUUGUGCGUCCUGACCUGUUCGCCGGUGCGAGCGAGGCACGAUGGCACGUGCUGUCGACGUUCCUGCAUCUUUCGGCGCGGUACCGCACGGCGCCCCUGGUGCACGUUCAGCAGCAUACGGGAUGCUCUAUGAGCUAG